AUGCACAGAGGUCGCAUGCAGGCCCCACCCGCAAGGCAAGCGAUUUGGCCACCUCCGGGACCGAUGAUCCUAGCGGAGAGGCUGAAAGAACUACAGGACAAAAAUGUCAGUGUGCGCAGAAAUGCCGCGAUUGCCUUGGGCGAGAUGGGCCCCAGGGCAGCUGAAGCAGUGCUGCGGCUCAUCAAAGCGCUGAAGGACCAAGAUGCAGACGUGCGCACAGCAGCGGCAGAGGCCUUGGGCAAGAUAGCUCCUGCAGCAGCCAAGGCUGUGCCGCAGCUGAUCAAAGCGCUGGACGACAAAGACCGGUCGUUACGGAGAAAUGCCGCAGUAGCCUUGUGGCGCAUCAAUCCUGCAGCUCUGCCCUGGGAGAGUCUGAUCCCUCCGCUUGCGCGGGUAGAUGCGUUGGAACCAACCCACGACAUCCUGUUAAUGCUUGUGUUAUCACAUGGCCCGAACAGUGAGGACUCGAUGGAUCCACGUGUAGCAACUGCGGUGCAGGAGGCAGUACGGUAUAGUCUUGACGAGGACGUGUUGAGGUCGGCCGUCAAGGUACUACCAGCGUCGUUGAGGACAUCCCAUCCGGGCACUGUAAAGCUACGUGGCCUCGUGCAGCGAGCCCUCCUCAAGGUGCCCAUUGCCGCAGUGGAAUGCAAACUGCACGAGCUGCUGGAAUCUGGGCCUGCCCAUCACCUCCAUGAUGCAGCGGAGCAAGACAGGAGCCUGCCCGACUCAAGUGAGGUCUCUUUCAAAGUGACCCUGAGCAGCAGCGGCAACCCAGUUACCGACAAAGCACUGCUUGCCGAAAUGGCAGGCCAUCUGCCUCCGAAGACCUCCAGUGCUGGUCAGUCUGAAGCCCCCGAAGAAGCCCCUGCCGCGGCUACAUCAGCAGCUGGCACUGCCAUCAGUGAUGGAGUGCAUGUGGAGGUCUGCCGAGCAACCCGCCCGAGAUGCAGCUCUGAGGUGGAAGCUGGCAUUGGCCGGUGA